AUGUCAAUAGACCUCAACUGGGAGACGCUCACUGCGGGUCCGGACGGGGAGGCACUGGCCCUGAGCAUCCGCGACUUCAUCCACACAAAAUUCCAGGCCGUCCCACUACCACGCUUCAUCAAGUCUGUCAAAGUACACGAUUUCGAGUUCGGCACUAUCGCACCGGAGCUUGAGCUCAAGGACAUCACAGACCCCUUACCAGACUUCUACGAGGAGAAUCCAGACAUCGAGGAUGACGAGGAGGAGGAGGAUGACCCUGAGCCGUCGCCCCCAACGCCGCAACAAGUCCCACGUGAGAUGAGGGCCGCCGAGAGGAUGAGGCAGAGAGAAGAGGCCUCGCUGCCAUCGAGGCUGAGAACGAACACGCUGAGGGGCCAGUCCGGAGACUUUCCGAGCCCGUUUCUGGGGGUCUCGACGCCGGGGAUUCUGGGCGGCACGUCGAAUUUGCACUAUUUUCAGUCGCAUCUCGGAACGGGUUGGUCAGGGACGCAGACGCCUCUUGCGGCGGUGGCCGGCGCGCACAUGGGUAACAGGAUGGACUCUUCCGCCGCCGUGUCUCCCGUGAGCUCGCCGAUGGUUCACUCGCCGAGCCACAGCCGUCAAGCCUCGCUGAGCUCGAUAUCGCCCAGCGACUUCAGCCCGGCCGCUUUCGCCCAGCAGCAACAGCAACAGCUGCAACAAGACCUGCGGGAGAAGGCGAGCGUGUCGACGUUGGCACCCACGUCUGCGGGGGCUUCGAGGCCGCCGACGAGGGACAUGCAUGUCCCUUCUCCUGCUGCAGCAGGGUCUGCGCCGAUACAGGAGGAAGACGACGAGGAGCCGAACGAGAACGCGGCGAGGUUCCGGGAGCCUCGACCGGAUGAUCUACAAGCAGUUUUCAGGAUCCGGUACGCCGGCGACGUCAGGCUGCGGCUGACGGCGGAGAUUCUGUUGGAUUACCCGAUGCCUAGCUUCGUGGGGAUUCCCGUGCAGCUGAGCGUGACGGGGCUGACGUUCGACGGCGUGGGAGUCAUGGCGCAUAUCCGUAAGAGGGUGCACUUUUGCUUCCUGAGCCCCGAGGACGCGGUGACGGCGGUUGGCGCGGACGAGGCUGGGCCAAGCGAGCCUGGGAAGAGGUUCGGUGGGCUUCUGCAGGAGAUACAGGUCGAGAGCGAGAUAGGAUUGAGGGAUGGUGGGAAGCAGAGCCUCAAGAACGUGGGCAAGGUGGAGAGGUUCGUGCUGGAGCAGGUGAGGAGGAUAUUUGAGAACGAGUUCGUGUAUCCCAGUUUCUGGACGUUCUUGGUUUAG